UCUCAAAUUGUUUCAGUAAACAUAUGGGAAGAUGAUGUGUAACAUUUCUCUCUUGGUUGAUAUUUAGGCUAUACUCUUUUUUAAAUCAACAUAUAGAUUUGUUCGUUGGAUUUGUUUUGGAGAUGUAUACCUACUUUAUUCAAACACCAAAAUAGCAAGGUUAUUUUGUUGAGCUGAGAAACAUAAUUGUCCCCGAAGUUAUAGAUAUUUCCUAGAAAAACUAUUAUGUUAAGUGUAUGUUUUUUAAUAGUCUCAUUAUCCUCAUCAUUUUUUGCAUUAUGUUGGGCUUUUGAGUACUGUAUUUCCACAGAGUUUCUAAACCCAGAGGCGCAACAUCGCUAAACUUCCGGGAACGCUUGCGAAACAGACCAAACAGAACAGGACGGUGUUUGAGAAGUCAAUCAGACAAGUGAAAAAAAUUUCCUUAGUUGUUAAUUUUCUCGUAAUCUAAAGGCACAAACUAGAUUCUUCAGUAGUUGAACAUGUUAUUACUCAAACCUGAAAGUUACCUAUAUGGAAUGAGUGCCUUUGACGGCCUGCACAUGCGCAGUUCGGCGCGAGACGACUUUUAGAUCCGAAGACGUGUUUCUACGCAUGAGCUUUGCUAGCCAAUGUCGCCAUGACAUCGCCUACAAGCGUGAUCAGGGAUUUCUAUUGGAGAAGCAGUUUUAGCCUAUCUUCUUCACACUGUAUGGUCUUUGGUAUUUCUGUCCUUUCAUGUCAGCCUGCCUAAAUAUGAACUUGCAAAUGGAGUAAGAAUUGACUGUUGUGCCAGGGGGAGGAGCCACUCCAUAAGCCUUUUUAGCCUGUGGCAUAUAUCCCCCUUUCCACUUUGUUUUAGUGUUGGGUUACACAGGGACAUGCACAAGAGAAUAUGAAUAUGUAAAUGGUGACAUAUUUUGUUUAAGGCUGAUUUUGCAAAUACGGGUGCUUUUGGAUGUUAAAUAUUUUAGAAAAUGAAAACUCUUGAAACUUAUUUUUUAUCUAUCUGAAUAUUUUCUUCACUCUGUCUGGAAACAAGAUCUAAUAGUGGCUGAGACAAUACUACAUUUCCGAAUUUUAUCAGUUUCCCCAAAUACCCGAGGGGAAAUGUCAUUACCACCACGUUAUAAAAUGUGCUAUCUUAGUUGAAAAGGAAAUCACAGAAAUUGUGCUUAAGGUAUUUUAUAAAACAUUUCUCAUGAUUUUUUUAAAAUCAUGCUUUUUUUUACUAUUUGGAAGUUCUUAAUUAUAUAUAUUCAUCAUUGUCAUGUCUAAAUGUCCAUAUAUACAUUGAUGAUACUCAGAAACAUGUAUUUACCACAUCAAAAUCGUAUUAUCUUAAGAACAGGUUCGCCUAUUGGAAAAAUCAUCAAUAUCAAUUGUAAUUUAGUUCACCGUUUCCUCAAAAAUAUGUUCCGUGAUGGUAAUGACUUAGCAUUGCGGUAAUGACAAAUUACAUUUCAUAUAAAACAACUGAUGAAAAAUACAUUUUAAUGUCACAGUUGUGCAUGUUUAAUUUUAUUGUAUGUUUCCCAAGUUUGUUCUUCAAAUUGCAUGUGAAGUCUUCCAGUAGAGUUUGAAGGGUACCGUACACCUUCUCCUUUACAGUCAAAUGGACAUUAAACUUCUCUUUUGUUCCAUCUUUUGUUUUUUUCUCUCACUAUUCUGCCUUGCAUUCUACUCAAACCACCAUGUUUGUCGUCCACCAUCAAAAGCGGAAGUCUGCAGCUCUUUCUCUUUGCAAAGAGGGCACUCUCGAUACAUGCACUAUUUGGUCAUCUUCUCGCAACACAAAGACCCAACCAAUUCUUAAAUGUUGCUGCUUUUAACCACUCUGUGAUAUAACAACUUGUCUGCUAUGAACUGAAGGUUAGCAUGUGUCUUACACCGGCAUGUCUCCCUGUCUUUCACUGAUGGAUUGACAAUCCAAAAGGGACAUCUUUUGGUGAACUCUGUGUAUGACAGCUUGACCUCUGAUAGUUCUAACUUCUGAUGGAGUUUUGCCAGUGUGUCGUUCAGUUAUUGCUUCUGCAUUUUAUUCUUGUGUCUUGUCAAUCUUACCCUUUUUCCUGUUGAUGCUCGGUUGUUAUCACAUUCAAAGAGCAUUUUUAUUUCACCUUCUAUUGCUGGGCUAAUUGCAUUCAAAUGUUUCUUUCUUGAGUACUGCAGACAGGCUGGCCGUUUGUUGUUUCCACACGUUGUCUUCGCAGAGAAUCCAAAUUCUCUGUGGGCCAUUUUCACCAUGGAAUACUUUUUAGUAAUUUCCCAGCCAAAACCUUGGAUAUCACUUGUUGGUCUUUUGCACUCUGUUGCUUCUGAUAUUUAUCUCGCAUCUCUGAUAUGAUGGUGUUAUGUUAUUCUUCUCAGAUUCUGUGGCUUUGACCGCAUUUGGUGUUUUUGUUCUGAGAGAAUCCAAAAUACGGAUCUUCUCUGACAAUCUAUCAUAUAUUUCUUGUAAUACUUUCUCAUUUUUCUUUCCCGUGGCCUCCAACUUCAUAUUUGCCAUACAUAGAUCUCUGUAGACUUUGGAUCUGUUUUUUUUCCACCUUCCUCUGUCUUGGGAUUUACGAGUUUUAAUAGGAGGGGGAAUCCGGUGCCAUUUGAGGGGCAGAUAGGUCAUCAUUCUGUAGCUGUAAGACUUCAGGUUCUCUCUCAGGAAUCAGUAUGGCGCACCGCUCUCAGUGUUCCUCAGCCGGGGAUAACCCCCUGGACCCCAAAUACCUGCCUUCCCACUUCCGCGAGGAGUACCGGCUGGCCAUUGACGCACUUGUGGAGGAUGACUUGGAGGGCUAUUAUCAAUUCCUCCAGAGUGCGGAUGUGGUGGACUUCCUCUCCAGACAGGAAAUUGAGCACAUUAGGUGCACAGUGCAAAUUCCGUACCAGAGCACUCAGCCAGAGCUCCCGUAUGUAGAGUCUGAGGGAGAUGGCUCUUCAGACACAUACUGGCCUGUGCACUCUGACUUGGAUGCACCUGGUCUUGACCUUGGCUGGCCCCAACAGCAUCACUUCAUAGGCCCCACCGAGGUCACCACGCUGGUUAACCCCUCUGAGCCAGAUAUGCCCAGUAUCAAGGCGCAGGCUCGUCGACUUAUCAAGAAUGCUCAACAAGUGAUUGCUGUGGUAAUGGACACCUUUACAGAUGUGGACAUCUUCGCUGAUAUUCUGGAUGCUGCCAUGCGAAAUGUUGCCGUGUAUAUCAUUCUGGAUGAACAGAAUGCACACCACUUUACUACCAUGGCUUCCAACUGCCGGGUCAAUCUGGAGAGCAUUCAAUUCAUGCGUGUCAGAACUGUGUCAGGCAUCACCUAUCGCUGUCGCUCUGGAAAGUCCUUCAAGGGUCAGAUGCUGGAUCGCUUCUUGCUGACAGACUGCAGGGCUGUCCUGAGUGGAAACUAUAGCUUCAUGUGGUCUUUUGAGAAGAUUCACCGUUGCAUGGCUCACCUCUUUCUUGGACAGCUUGUGGCUACUUUUGAUGAGGAGUUCCGGAUCCUGUUUGCACAGUCCCAACCUUUGGUACCUGAAAAUGUCCUUGUUCCAGUGCCAGACUACAGCAGUUUAUCUGACAGCCAAUACAGCACUGAUAGGACACCAUUGUUCAGAGAUCCCAGAAAGUUCCUGCCCAUCGAGAGCUCUCGUCCUAAAGAAUGGGCUAGACAUUCCUUUGAUGAUCAGAAAAGAAUGCCCCCUGGAAGGCACGAGCACAUCCACAGGUCACUAGAUCAGGGUUCACUUGAUAUGUACAGAAACAAGUACUCCUCACAGCAAUUUAGAAUAGAGCAGCAGUAUUUUAUGGAGCAAGGUCACCCUAUGAUGCAGUCGAACACAAUGGAUUUUGCUGGCUCUAAAAGGCACAGUUAUGCAGAGGGCACUUAUGCCAGACACUCCUCCCCUCAAUUCAUGCAGCACCAAGCCAUGGACAACUAUGAGGAGGGUAUGGCAACCCAGAGCAGGAAGAUACAUAGGGAACAGCAUCACCACCAGAGAACAGGGCCAGAGCCUGGUUAUGGUAGCUACGAUCAAUUCAGUGACCAAGGGUACCCUCCGAUGGAUCAGUAUUCUGAGUCUGGUUACCCACAUGGAAUAGAGAUAGAGCCACCAGACAACUAUGACCCUGUAGUGAAUUAUUUAUCAUCCUCGAAACUUGCUGUGGAGAUGGGACAUGGCUCAGACAAAUUAUCACAUCCAGGAGAGGGUCCCUUUUGUCAUUCAAACGCAAAAAGACUGAGCGUGGGCCAUCCUUAUGCCUGUCAGACCUCCCCAACGCAACAAAACCUGUCUGAACAGAAGCAGUUUUUUGUUGGGUCUGGUUCGGACCGUAAAACACAGGAUCCCAGUGCAAAGCAGGGAAUGCGAGAUUGGAGGAUCAGCUCAUACCUCAGUGCAUAUGAUGAUGGCGGAGAAGAAGACAUUUCACAGCCUUUUGGAAAUGACCCCUUUGAAGAGCCCCUUAAUCCUUCACAAGGAAUAAUAUUUGCUCCACUGGUAUCAGAUCCCAAGUUUAAUGCCAAAGAGUUACCCAAGAUUGCAGGGCUCAGGUUAAAGACCACACGCCCAGAACAUUCAAGAACACCAGAUAUUAUUGUUAGCAUGGCAACAGAUGAAGGCGACAAAUCAGAGGACAUGGAUGUAAAAGAGCCCAAAAGAGAAGAGUCAUUCCGUAGGAGGUUCAACCCUGCUAUCCAAAGGACCUCAAGGCUAAGAUCCUCACUAAUCUUCAGCUCACAACUAGAACAGCAUAUCUCUCACGAACUGAACCUUACCUCAGGCCAACAUUGCGAGGAAACUGCCAACGAGGAAGAUGACCAAUCUAGAUUAUCCUUGACCGCUCAGAUUUUGGGAAAACGAAGAUCCAUAACAAGAGAACCUUUUGAAUGGAGAUGUAAUAAGCCAGCAACAGUUGAUAAUUCAACCUUAGAGUCUUUGAAAUCUGAGGACAUCACUACUGAUGCCGGUGAUAAGGAAUUGCAAAAUAAUCCUCCUGUGGGCACCGACAUGGCUUCUUCAAAGGAACAACCUAAACCUGACCAUGAAGAAGAAAGCAAAAUGGUACAAUGUGCACAUCCAUCCAAAUCUGCUCAAAUUGAGCAACCCAAAACCAUACAAACAGCACACCUGCCAUCUUCAUUGAGCAAUACAUUAUAUAUAGAUAUGAAUGAUCCAGACAGUAGGUUCAAGUUUUUUAAAGAGUUGGCUGCCCAACGAAAAGCUGCAAAGGCUUCAGAGUCUGAGAGCAGCGCUGAAAAAGCUCCUCUAAAUCCAGUGACUCCAUUUGACUUGACAACAAAGGACGAAGUCACAAGUGUAGAACCUACUCUUCCAGUGGCUCCACUAAAUCCAGCAGAUACUUCCACCAAAAAGCCAUCUACAUCAACAGAGGGACCUCUUAAACCAGAAGAUGCAUCAAACAAAAAGACAGCAACAUCAACAGAGGCCCUACUUAAUCCAGCAGAUACUUCCACCAAAAAGCCAUCUACAUCAACAGAGGGACCUCUUAAACCAGAAGAUGCAUCAAACAAAAAGACAGCAACAUCAACAGAGACCCCACCUAAUCCAGCAGAUACUUCCACCAAAAAGACAGCUACAUCAACACAGGCCUCUUCGGAAACACUGGAAACCUCACCAGUCUCACAGGAGAAUAAAACAUCCAUGGCAACACAUGGCUCAUUACAUCUUGAUGUCAAAGACAAGGCUUCUAAAAAUAAAGAACAUGAAGAACUUAAUCUUCCCAAAAGUGACUCCAAAACAUUCCUCAGGUGUAGAUUAUCUUGUGACGAUGGGCUACUUAGAGUCGCUACGGAUGCUGAGAAGAUUGAGCUGAAGAACAGUCAGAACCAAAGUGUGUCUGAAGUUAACCCUAGAGAUACAAGUGCAUUUCUUGAGCACACCUCAAAAGAGCGUGGCUUUAACAUCGCCCCAAAGGAGUUUAGUUUAUAUAAACAAUCACCAAAGGAACCAAAUUCUUCAAAUCCUGCUUCAAAGGAGCUGAGCCCAUCUCUUCAACUCACCCUAACAGAAGUUAGCUCGUCGUUAUCUCCGACAUCAACGAGUUUCAGUUUAACUCAUCUCACUUCAUUUAAACAUGCAGCAAAAGAUUUGAGCUCAGCCCUUACCCCCACCCUUAAUGAGUCCAGUUCAUCUAACCCCCCGUCAAAGCAGCAAUUACUAUCCUCUAAACCAGUCACAGUAGAGUCCAACAAACCUCUGAGCCCCACCCAAUCCGCAUCAAGUGUCUCUUCUCAUCCCAUUCCAUCAAAAUCCAGCACCUUCGCUCAUACCAUCCCAUUGCAAUCAAGUCCCCCCAUUAUUCCUGGUCCAGUUGAGCCAGUUGUGUCUCCCAAGCCUGACAAAACUGAUUCCAAGGAAUAUCUUAGCCCUACCCCAAUGCAAUCUUGCUCAUCCUCAAUCCCUGCCCCUGCAACAGAACUUAGCCUUCUGCCAAGCUCUACCCAAACAAAAUCCAGUUCCUUACCUACAUCCACCUUAGUUGGGUCCACUUCAUCAACACCAAUAGACUCUAACAUCUCUCCCAAUCCCUCCACAAAGGAGUCAUUGUUUACAAUUGCCACAACUGAGUUGAAGUCACCCUCUCCAAAGACCAACCCAAUAAAAUCCUACUCCUCUCCUAGUCCUGGCCAAGAUGAGUUUGUUUUAUCCCCCAAACCCUCCAAAACAGCAUCCAACUCCUCUCCAAAGCCCACCACAGCAGAGUUUAAUGACUCUCCCAACUCCUCACUUCCAUCGCCAAAGCAUGUCACGGAACAAACCAACAAAUCUCCCAUCCUAACACCAACACAAUCUAGUUCUUCUUCCAAUCAAACAACAAGAGAACCCAACCCUUAUCCUAACAACACCCCAACGGAACCAGGUGCAUCUCCUGACCCCACCCCAACAGAUUCAAGUGCAUCUUCUAACCCUAGCCAAACAAAAUCACAUUUCUCCCCUAUGUCUGCGUCAGGUGGAUCAGUUUUGUGCCCCAUGUCUGGCCAAACAAAAUCUAUCACUUCUCCAAACCUCACCCCAACCGAAUAUUGUUCCUCUCCUAAUCAUACCCCAACUGAGUCUACCUCACCAUUCAACCCUGUCCUCGUAGAAUCCAACCCAUCAAGUAACUCAAACCCAACUCAUUCCACUGCCUCUCAUGACACGGUCCCAGCUCCAUCCGUCAUUGUGGAUAACAGUAAGAAGGGCAAACUAAGUAACCUUAUCAAGGAGCAAAAAGCUGGAAGUUCUCCUGCCGCUAAAGGUGACAAGAAAGCAGUUGAUACUGAGACAAUGAGCAAAACUGCUCCUGGAGAAUCUGCCUCCCAUGGACCUCAGAGUCCUAAUGAAACCAAAGAGAAUGAUAGCACUAUGAAAACAGAGAGCCCUACAGAUCAAACUAAUCCCAUAUCACCCCCAGUGAAGCAAGCUAAAGUAAGCCAGUCCCACUACCAUUCAUCUACUGCCAAUGUACUCUCAAGCAGCAACCUAAGAGAUGACACAAAGCUCCUUUUAGGGCAGAUUUCUGCUAACAGCCAGAGCCGGACAGAACUCACUACAGAAUCUGCUGUCACUGAUGAUGCCAAACAGGAUGAGGCUGACCGGGGUGUUAGUAGUAAGGAGGAAGCAUCAGCCCAAGGACAGAGCAGAGGCCCGACUAGAACUUCUCAGGAGCGGGAGAAGCUACUUCAGAGAAUCGAGAGCAUGCGGAAGGAGAGGAAAGUAUACAGUCGCUUUGAGGUAAAGUACCAUACUGUAUCAAUAGGCCAGUAGCAAUUUACAAAAUACAAUUUUAACGUACCUAUUGUACCCAAGGUACCCACUGUAUUGUGUUUUCACUCACACCUGCUUUCCUUCAUGUGAGCUCAUGUUUUCUGUUUAUUAUUCUGUAUU